AUGUCUGCAGGUGAGGUGAGAAAGACGGCAGAACCUUUAAUAUUUCAUACGUAUUCCUUAUGCAAGUAUAGCGAUAUGCGAGAAGAAAUGAAACAAGAAGCUAUGGAACUCUGCGUUACUGCUACGGAAAAAUAUACCGAUAAUCAUGAACUUGCGGCUCGAAAUAUUAAAGAACAUUUAGAUAAAAGAUUCGGCGGUCCAUUUCAUGUAGUCCUCGGAGAAUCAUAUGCUUGUGCAGUUACGUAUCAAGAAAAAUCGUUGUUGUACAUGUUCAAUGCUGGUAACAUCGCUAUUCUUGUAUGGAGAACAGUUUCAAGUUUUUGA